UUCAUGUUUAAAGCAUAUAAAGCAUUAACCCUUCUACAGGUAUAGCGUGUAGCGGGACAGUAGAGAAGCGACUUACAAGGGAUUUUAAUUACUCUAGUUCAUUACCUGAGAUUUCUAAACACCGUGAACAGUGUACAACAGUGAUUAGCAAUGGAGAGCAAGAACAACCUAUCUGUGCCAGACGAUCACUACUCGGCAGCAAUUGACUUUUCCAAUGCAUGCAGGGAGUUCUAUAUCAAUCGAGUCAGAGCGACGGAGAGUUUCAAGGAACAGAUGAAAGAAGAAGAAAAAUCCAAAGAACAAAAACCAGUGCAGAGAAAGCGAUCAUCCAUUGAUAUUGCAAUGGAAACACUGAGGAAAGAAAUGGCUUCUUUAAUGGACCAAGACCUGUGCUUGAUGAAACAGUUGCUGACCCUAAAUGAAACAAUUGAAGACAUCAAAACGAGGCGCUGGUACAGUGACAGCCAAAACUCGCUGAAGGCUAGCUCGGUAGACCUCGGGGGCAGUGAGGAUUCCCUCUCAGAAACAGACAUGUACGCCCCUGACGAGGGGGUGCUGGACAGAAAAGAACCGACCUUCCGUGUACCCAAAAUCCGCAUCGAAUCUGUAGAAUCUGUGAAAUCUAACUUAUCGGACAAAAGUGUGCAAAAUUCAAAAUUCGUUGACACUCAUAUGAUGGUGAAUGGAAAAUCUGUGCACGUUGUCCAUGGCGCGCAGAGUUCUGUGGAUUCUGGAUUCGGUGAUUGUGACUCUAUGUACCAGAAAGACAUUGAAGUGACCCUCUAAUUGUACACCGUGUGAUUAGGCCCUAGCUGUCCGACCCAGACACAUUAUAACCACUGUUAUGUCACGCACUCAUAAUCCAUAUGACAGUCGUUAAUCCCUCGGCUCAGAGUAUUUCAGUUCACAAGCGACCGACACAAUCCUUUACAGUAUUAUAUUCUAAAAUGGGAGCAUGCGGUCACCUUGUCGACUAUUUGGAUGAAGAUUUGAGAACAAGUGCAGCAGUGAAAAAAAACUUGUCCGUUGUGAACUGAGAAUAUCUAAGCAAUGAGUGAUUCAUCAAUAUUCAUGAUGUCUGAACAGUAUUACCUAUUCUAGUCAAUUUCUCAUUCAUGCCAAAAGUGAAUUCUUAAUAAACCACGUAAUAAUAUGA